AUGCCUUGGCCAGAAAAUUCCGAGGACGGUACGGUCCAGCCUGGUGUUGCGCUGAUGGAUUCACCGCAAGGUGCAGGCGCUGCCGGCAGCUCGUUGCAGCUCGAGCAGUCGGGCGAGCAGCCGACAGAGUCGCCACAGGAACAGCAAUCACACAACGGAUCCAUACCGGCAGGUAUCUUGGAAGGGAAACAGAACGCAAGAGCUGUAAUGGGUGCUUCGGAGCUACCGGACGGCUCAGCUCAGCCUGCGGAUAGCGAGGACGCCGUCAGACCCGCUGCCGGCAGCUCGAGCUCCCCUCCGCCAGACGCUGGCGUCACAAAUGGAAACGGGGUGAGUCGGAAGCGGUCUCGUUCCGGUUCGAUUAUACAGUCUGUUCCUCCCGCAGUGGAGAACGAUGGCCUGCCGCGCAAGACUCCGCUCGAUAAGGUCCUCCUCGAAGAUUACCUUUACCGGGAAUGGGGCCAUUCCGCGCUCGCUGCAACGAGGAACACCAGCCAGGAAAUCCUUCGACAAAAGUUCCAGGAAAGGGAGUAUUACCUUGCCCUCAACCAAGAGAGGCAGAUGAAUCCUGCUGCCAUCUUCGGGCCGGGCUAUGAGGGCUAUGGCAACCCCAGGACGGACCUCAGGUCGCAGCAUCCACAGCUUCUCUACCCUUCCAACCGAAGGCGGCCAGGCGGGAGGAAGGCGAAAGAGCUGCGGAUACCGCGAGAGGACAUGCUCACUCAAUCCGACCAGGACGAACACCUCGUUCCAAUUCGGCUAGAUAUCGAUUGGGAAAAGGUCAAGGUGCGGGAUACGUUUACAUGGAAUCUUCAUGAUCGCGUCACCCCCGUGGACGUCUUUUCUGAGAAGCUAGUGGAAGAUCUGGGCCUGCCGCUCGAGUCUUGCGGUCCUCUGGUACGGCAAAUAACCCAGAGCAUCCAUGAGCAGCUAGCCGACUUCUAUCCUCAGGUCUUUAUCGAAGACGAACCUCUGGACCCACAUCUGCCGUAUUCUGCCUACAAGAAUGACGAGCUGAGAGUUCUGAUAAAACUGAAUAUCACCAUCGGGCAACAUACGCUGAUAGAUCAAUUCGAAUGGGAGCUGAAUGACCCGCAUAACUCGCCGGAAGGGUUUGCAAUCCAAAUGUCUCAGGACCUGUCGCUACCCGGGGAAUUUACAACUGCAAUCGCGCAUUCUAUCCGCGAGCAGGUACAACUGUUUACCAAGAGUCUAUACGUAGUCGCUUAUCCAUUCGAUGGACGACCUAUCGACGAUCCAGAGUUGAGAGACGCAUUCCAGCCAUCUCCAAUCCCAUCUACCUUCCGCCCCUUUAACGUCGCCAAGGAAUACACCCCAUAUCUCUACGAACUUAACGAAGCUGAGCUCGAUCGGACUGAAGGCUCUAUCUCCCGUGAACAACGACGACAGAAGCGUGUCAACCGACGAGGCGGACCGAUCCUUCCCGAGCUUAAGGACCGCCAACGAACAAUUCGGACCAUGGUCGUUUCCUCGGUUAUACCUGGAUGCGCGUCUUCUAUAGAAGAGAGCCGACUCUUCAAACGAUCGAGCACCGGCCGACGUGGUAGGACGUCAGCCGGCCACCGCGAUGGUCUGGAUGACUCGGAUUCUUCCGAGAGUGAAGAGUCUUCCAUUGGAUCUCCGGCCAUGUCUCGUCUCAGCCAGGGAACCGCCAGGACAAGGGGAAUGAGGCAAGCUUCUUCUAUGGCCCAGUCAGCCAUACGAGGCCAAAUGGGUCGUUCUGCCACCCCAGAGACAACCGUAACUCACACGCACGAAACGAGAACUUCCGCUAGACGACAAAACUAUCGAGAGGAGAGCUCAGAAGCCCCCGAAAGCCUCAUUGUCCGAUUAAAGAUAAAUCCAGACAAGCUACGCCGUUUCCUUCGUGACCUCAAGUCUAGCUCAAGGCAGUAUACGGCAUCUCCUGGCGGACCGUCGACUACUCCUACAGGGAAAUCUAGCACUCGUGGGUCCAUGGGACCUCCGCCUUCUCAAGGCCAGCCAGGCUCAGCUGUCAAGAAACCAAUCAACCCACCACAAUUCCAUGGAGUCAUUGAUGCGCCACAUCCAUUGCCACCAGGAACCCAGCCGUGGCUCACCCAAGGCCUUGUAGGCCUGAAACGGCAAUACCCCAAUGACUCCUUUGAAGGAACAAUGCGCUAUACAGCGGUGGACCCAAUUACAAACCUACCCAUCCCCAACGCUGCGCAGACACAUCCCGGGCAGAAAUUACCAUACAAAUACUUCCCUCGAAUUCGAUGUAACGACUGUCCUGGAAAACUCUAUACCCCCGGCCCAGCAAUGACAGUUGAAAACUUUGAAGUCCAUCUCAAAAACAGAAAUCACAAGGAGGCCGUUGCAGCACGACUAGCCAGAGAAUCAAAAGGAGGCUCAGGCAGCACCACUAUCCCAAGGCGCACAGCAACCAACGCCACAGCAAGAGAAACCGAUUCUUCCAGCGGACAGGCGACAGGCGAUUCAACCGGUGCCGCAUAA